UUAUUGUGCGUUGGAAUCGAAUACGUUGUUGAAGAAGUUACACCAGUGCAAGUCAGUCGACAGUUUAAAUAAUGGAUGCUGACGUGUGGAGUUUUCUCUUGUGUAUAGUGACCGGUUUGCUUUCCUUAGUGAAAUGUGAAUUGUCGGCUGAAGAAUGUUUACAGCUUGGACUCCGUAAAUCAGAUUUAAUGUGCAGUUGGUGUGAUCAACUUGUAAAACAUGACUUGGAUGUUUUGGUAGAUAGUUGUCAUCAGUGUUGUGGAGCUAGUGGUUCUAAAGACCCUAUUAAGAAGUACCCUCGUGCCCAGCUUGAGGUUUGUGGAUGAAAAAUAGGGGCAUAUCCACAAAUUCAGGCAUUUGUGAAGAGUGAUCGCCCCCAUAAGUUCCCAGGCCUGAAGAUUAAGUACGUACGUGGUGCAGACCCAGUGAUCAAGAUGUUUGAUGGAGCUGGACAUGUACAGGAGGAGCUGAGUAUCCAGAAAUGGGAUACUGAUACUGUAGAAGAAUUCCUUAGAGGACAUCUGGAGUAAUAUGACAAUUGAAGUUUUCAUCUAGCUUACUUUUCUAAAUGAUUUUCAGAUAUAACAACUUCAAAUAGUAUGUAAAAAGAAUUCAUGUUUCUAAGUUUUAAUAAUUCAUACUUGGGGAAGGUUAUUUAGUUUAUGUCAACACUGCUGCUUUAUUACUCCUGCACUUGUAUGAUUUUUCUCCAGAAAGUAAUUAUAUUUACAUAUAUGCUGUGUCACAUAGCUUAAGUAGCUCAAUAAAUAUUAAAAUUUACCAAAGUGAAGUGACAAUUUUGUUUACUUAAUCAGUAGCUUUAACACAGUUGUGUUUAGUUACCAGUUAAAGGUUAGACUUUAUUAGGAUGCUACUUUUUUUGGAUAAUACAUUCUUCUAUAAUUAUAGUUCAGACUUGAUUUGCAGAAAUGUAGUAUUUGCUACAUUCUAAAAUCAUUAUACUUAUUGUUCUUCUGGUUUUUCUUUAAUAAUGAUUUAAAAUAAUAAAAUAAUCAAAGCAGAGUAUUGUGCACAACUGUCAUCAUUAUGUAACCAAGCUGAACAGUUCAACUGAUGACAUCUUGGCAAAAAACCAAAGGAACUUGGAGUGCUAAGGUUGAUGAAAAGAAUUGUUCUGUGUACUAUGAUGUUUGUAUGUGUUAUUCUUGACAUAAAGUUAAAUAAAUACCCUGUUAUCAUA